CACUGUCGGCCUCGGAAGAGUGCAGUUUGAAAACGUAUUUGUGGUUAAUCUGUUCUCUUGACCGUUUAAAUAAUAGCUCUAAAUGAAGGUGGCAUUGGUGGUAGCUGCAAUCGCCGUUGCGGUUGCAACGGCCCAACAGUCGAUUGACAAAGUCUAUUUCCCAGAAAAUGAAACAUCAAUUCUGGACUUUGCCAACCGAGCUAGCAUCGAUGAAGUGGUCACACCAGAUCCGUUGGGGCCAAAUUCGCCUACACUCUCUCCGAUGACACUAAUCACGGCUCAAGGAGAAAAAUGUACCUGUGUGCCGUAUUUUAUGUGCAAACCCGAAGCCGAAUUCGCUGACCAAAACAAGUUUAACGAGAUAGAUGUCAACUACAAUCCGGAUAGCUGCCAAGAUGUGCUGGAUGUUUGCUGUCGCGCCGAAGAUUCCCUCGUAGUCCCAAUGAACAACACUCCUGGAGCGAUCUCCUCUGUUAAACCUACUGGAUGUGGUUUGCGAAACAUUGGUGGCAUUGAUUUUACGCUUACAGGCAAUUUCAAUAACGAAGCUGGAUUCGGCGAGUUUCCGUGGACGGUUGCAGUCAUUAAAACUUCUGAUGGUUCUAGUCAUUGUGGGGGUUCACUGAUUCAUCCAAAUCUUGUGCUAACUGGCGCACAUUGUGUUCAGGGGUACCGCAAGGGACAGCUGAAAAUCCGAGCCGGCGAAUGGGAUAGUCAGACAACGAAAGAACGAUUACCGUUCCAGGAAAGGAUAGUUAUUCGAGUUAACAGUCAUCCGGACUUUAAUCCUCGAUCGUUGGCUUAUGACGUAGCUGUCUUGGAACUAGAAAGUCCUAUUACACUCGCUGAUCACAUCAAUGUCGUGUGUCUGCCACCCAACAACUACGAUACACGACGAACCGAUUGUUUCGCUAGUGGCUGGGGAAAGAAUCAGUUCGGAAAAUCCGGACGGUAUAGCGUAAUUAUGAAAAAGGUACCCCUUCCUAUUGUCGAUUCGUCAACUUGCGAAAGGCAACUGCAGGCAACCCGUCUAACGACUCGAUUCAGAUUGCACCAGACUUUCAUUUGUGCUGGUGGUGAACAAGGUGUUGACACAUGCGAAGGAGACGGUGGUGCUCCAUUGGUCUGCCCGGUUGGUCCUGCCAAUGAAAAUCGAUACACUCAGAUGGGAAUGGUUGCCUGGGGCAUUGGUUGUCACGGAAAAGUUCCCGCAGUGUACUCCAAUGUGAUGAGAUUCAGAUCAUGGAUCGAUAAUGUCGUCCGGACGCUUGGUUUCGAUACCUCUGUAUACGACGCAAACCAGUCGCAGUUCUCGGUGCUGUUUGCUUAAUUUUGAUUGCUGAUUUUGUAUU